AUGAUAAAUCGGCUCAAACAGCUCCGGAUCGGCGAACACAUACGCGAAGAGGGACCAAAAGAUUACCAGAGCAAAGCAGGGACUCCAACAAUGGGAGGCGUGCUUAUUAUCAUUUCCGUCCUGAUAUCGGUAGUGUUCUGGUCGCGUUUGGAUCAACCCUAUAUCUACUUGAUGAUCCUAACAACACUCUGGUUCGGCGGACUCGGAUUCUUAGAUGAUUACAGCAAAUUGGUAAAACAACAAUCCUUAGGACUCCGAGGCUGGCAUAAGAUUGGACUUCAAACAGUAGGCGCAUUAGUGAUUGCCAGUUAUCUUUACAAAGAUUUAACAACACGGACAUCGCUGAUCCUUCCUUUUUUCAAAGAGGUUCAGCCAAAUUUAGGUAUCCUGUUUAUCCCUUUUGCAACUCUGGUCAUCGUCGGGGCCUCUAAUGCCGUCAAUCUUACGGAUGGGAUGGACGGAUUAGCAAUUGGAUGCACCCUGUUUGUUGCCGCAGCGUACCUGAACAUCUUCCACCUACCAGUAGGAGGAGAAGUUACAACAGUUUUCUGUGCAGCGUUAGUCGGUGCGGGCUUGGGAUUUUUAUGGUAUAAUGGGCAUCCGGCGCAAGUCUUUAUGGGAGAUACUGGAUCGCUGGCACUCGGUGCCACACUUGGAACAGUAGCCGUGCUUAUAAAGCAGGAAUUUCUACUCGUGAUAGUCGGUGCCAUUUUCGUCGUUGAAACAUUAUCGGUUAUCAUCCAAGUCUGGUCAUUUCGCACAUUUGGCAAACGUGUGUUCAAGAUGUCUCCUAUUCACUAUCACUUCCUGCUCUCAGGGUGGAAGGAAUCCAAAGUCGUCAUCCGAUUUUGGAUUGUGGGGCUUAUUUUGGUCUUAAUAGCCUUAAGCACAUUGAAACUUCGGUGA